AUGGCAGCGCCAUUUGCGUGGAGGACCACAACGCCUCGGGGCGGGGCUCAAGCGUGGAAUGCCGAGACAACCAAUGCGCAGUCACAGUCACUUGGCAAGCCAGACAGUGACCAGGAUCAUGGCCCCGGUUCCCAUGCCCCGUCCCGAGUCGGAGCAGCCUCGGGCUCAGGCUCAGGCACUCGGCCUGUCGCCAGGGCUGCUGGAGUCAAAAUCCAAGGCAAAAGAUUCGACAACAACCCCAACUUGCGCGUCCACCGCCAUCGCAAGACGAAAUACUCGUACAGAAUCGGCAUCCGGCUGCCUCGAGAGAAGUUAGUGGCCUUCCCUCAGUACAACGGACGGGUCAGGGACUUUGUGCACCAGUGGGGAGGCUCGUUUGUGACUCUCAAGGUUGCACCCUGUAAGUUGCGCGCCAUCGAAGUCGACGCCAUCGGCGCUGCACCGAGAAACAACAUUAUCCCAACGGUCGUUGUUUCUGUACCUGUACCUACUCUAAUCCUACCGCCACAUCCAGCGGUGUCGACAACGCGUUCGCCUUCUUCGACAACAUCCCAUCCGGCAAGGGGCCGAUCGAGCUCUUUCUCAGACGCGGAUCUAAGUACUCAACCCAAUACGCCGUUUACAAGUACUGUAUGUCCGUCGCACGAAGCAGAGGCGGACCCACGCUGCAUCGAGGCCAAGACAGCAGCUCAGCAGGAUCUGGUUCUAGCACAAACUACUACUGGAGCAUUCAGCGCCCGUGAUCCAAAGGGACUACGAUUCCCUGCGCUUACUACCGCAGCAACAGCAGCUUCUUCCACGUCGGCGGCAUUCCAGAUCGGCACCACCUUCGAGGACCUCCCCGUAUCGGAGCGCCUGAUCCGCAACGCCACCAUGGCUCCCCUCAAGGACACCAGCAGCGUGCACAACACCAUCAAGGGCAUCAUCCAGCACCUGACGGACAUCCAACUCCAGACGCACGGCUACAUCCCGCAGACGCAGGACCUGCUCGUGGAUAAGCUGACGGACCUGACGACAUCCUUGGCCGAGCUAAAGAGGUUGACCUCCCCGCAGGAGUCGCCCAACAACUACAUCCACCAGGUGGCCAUCGCGCCGGAGAUAGUCGAUUAUGUGGAUGACGGGCGCAACCCGGACAUCUUCACGCGCGACUUUGUCGAGAUCGUGCAGCGGGGAAACGCCGUCGUGCACGGCAAGCAGCGCGCGUUUCGCGAUUUCACGGAGGUGUAUGCGCGGAAGUUGAAGGAGGGGAUUCCCGGCGUGAGUGCCCAGGUGGACCGCGUGCUGAAGAAUGCUGGGUUUGAGGAACGGGAACGGGAAGGGGAACAGGAUGGGUCGGGGUCGAGGUCGAGGUCGAGGUCGAGCACGAAUGGGGCGGCGCACGAUGCUGAGAGGCCUGUCGGCCCGUAG